UUUUAUUAGAUUUCAAAAUGUGGCAGUUUGAGUAAAUCUAAUUAUAAAGUACACAUCUGUUUACCGCUCCAUACAUUUUUCAUACCGAAAGUGAAGAUUAUCACGUCAUCCAUAUUGUAGAAAGUGUGUAAGUUUUAGUAUCAUCCAAAAAUGGCCGAAUCUAAACUGGAAAAUAUUUCAGGUUCCGAUGACAAAUUCCGUUGUCCUAUAUGUCUGGAGGAGGUAAGGAACCCCAAGUAUUUGCCAUGUUAUCAUACGUUUUGUAAAUCCUGUAUUCAGACCUACAUAUCAAGUACGGCGGCGUGUAGCGGUGAUAAUUCUCCUAAAACUAUCCAGUGUCCUGUCUGUCGGAAGUCCAUCCAAGCUCCGAGUAAUGACGCCUCCAGUGAAGAAUGGGCCUGUAGUUUACCAGAGGAUAAGCUGAUUCUGAGUAUGUCUGUGGACUCUGAUAGAAGUGAAAACAAGUAUUGCAUGUUUUGUAAGAGAAAUGAUAAAACUGUUCUAGCAAAACAUUGGUGUAAAACUUGUACAGAAACGAUUUGUGAUGAUUGCAAGUUCAUUCAUUCUUACGUGAGAGUACUACAGGAGCAUAAAAUUGUAAGUCUCGCAGAUAAAGUAGAUUUGAAAAAUGGCGUAGAAAUAGAUGAACCAUGUUUGGUACAUCGGGGGAAGUAUCUAGAGGUCUUUUGCCAGGACCAUGAUCAAUUAUGCUGCAGCAUAUGCUUUGCUACCAAGCAUAGAACUUGUAAAAAGGUGGAGUCCAUUGAAGAUGUAGCAACAGAGAUCGAUGUAAGCUGUCAUAACACAACGCCCGAGUUCUUCAAAGACUUUCUAAAGAAACUAGAUGAUAUACAGAACGAAUACAGGGAUACGCUUGCACACCUCAGUACGAAAAAGCAGGACAUUUUUACAAGCACUGAAACAAAGGUAGAAGAAAUAAAGUCACUUCUAGACAAAGCCCACAACCAAUGGAUGAAGCAAUUCGAACAGAAUCAUUCUGACGCAGUUGGAAAUAUUGAAAUAGCAUCUGAUGAAGUAAAACGGCUUGCCAUAACAGUACAAGAGGCUAACACUAUGCUACAAAGAGUUCUGGAAAACGGAACAACCAAGCAAAUCUUUGUCACUAGACACAAAGUACGUCAUCAAAUCAUGGAUCAUGUCAAACGUCUGCGUGAUUUGAAGAUAUGGAAUAUUGUGCACGAUUACAGCCAAACUGAUACAGAUUUCCUUCGUCAAAUUCUUGAGAAUCAGAACUUUCAAAAUGUUGAGAUGCUUGAAAAAUCUGAUCUAACAUCAAUCACACUGAAAGAAUUUAUUUCCAAAUUGCUAGGCAAUAAGAUACUGUGGAGUCAAGAAAUCAUGGCCCGGAAAGACUGGAUGUCGGUUGAAUUUGAAAAACUCUCUGAAACAAGAUUGCCUAAGAUGGCUUAUUAUGGCUUAUUUAUAGAUGAUACGAACAUACUUCUGUCCGUAGAAAAUCCGCCAUCUCUGCAGAUUUAUGACAUUACCGACCCUAUCGCAAGAUGUGUUUACACCUAUCCAUGUUCGGACACUCCAUUUGGGCUUUGUCACUCAGGAGAGAGCAUGGACAAAGUCUUCGUUUCUUUUAAAACGCAUGUCGAUCAUUAUGAGAUCGAAAUCUCUGAUAGUGUAAAUAUUAAAAAAAUGGAAACUAUAAAACUCAAAACACAUAUGAAAGCCAUUUCACGCGGUUCGACGUUGAUAUUUUCAUGUAGCGAUUCCGUGAAAAUGAUUUGUACAUCUAAUUUUUCCAUCAAACACACAUCAAGUAGUCUAAGGACUGGAGAUCGUCCAUUUAUUUCGGCUUCAUUCCAUUCCGUUCACCAUGCUAUUAUAAGAAACAACAAAAUAGUGGUUGCAGACCAAGACAAUAAAGAGGUUUUAGAAAAGAUAUUACACACAGGUGAUCCACGUGGAUUAGCAUUUGAUUUACAAGACAAUAUUUUCAUUUGCACGAUGAAGAACAAACUGAGGCAGAUAAGACGCGGAGGAGGUGAGAGCCGGGACAUUGAUUUACCAGGAAUACAGUCUGCAUACAAUGUUGUACUUCACCCAACAGGGGAAAAAGUUCUUAUUCUGGACUAUUGUGAGAAAUUCUGUGUUUACAAAGUAUUGUGAAUGAACAUGAAAUAUUAUAUGCUACACCAUGUUAAAACUUACACUUGGGAUAUUGAUAUUAUAAGCUUAGUAAUAAUAUUUUUAAUACUUUUAGAUAAAUUUAAUAUCAGAUUAUUUAUCGAAAUGUUAGACUUUAAGACUUCUUGAGUAGGAUUGAGCAAUGCUAUAGUAUGGCGUUUUAACUACUAUAUAAUGCCUUAUUUGAUUGAUCUUUGUAAGUCUUUGAUACUCAAUUGAAUGAAGAUUGAAGCAUGUUUUAUUAUCACUACCAUAUAAAGUGUGCUCAUAAUCCUAAUGAGCUUGAACAUAAUUAUCCACAGGACCACACAC